UUCGACCUUGUAUUGAAAAAAUCUCCCAAUAAUAAGUAUAGAGAAGAUGGUAAGAUAUCGUCGGGAGAUGUUCUGUCGGGAUACGCUGUGGGGCAUUGUGAGGCGCAGAUGUGAACUCGAAGCAAACUGCAGGAGAAAAAAAAAAACGCGCAAACAGGUUCGGUGAAAACCGGGCUAGCUUAUUCCGAUCCAGAUCAAUUUGGAUGAAUGGACCAGUUCACACCGGACUGGGCAGUAAGGAAGGGCAUUACGGUAAAUAUGGAGAAGGGUAGUUGCCAUUAAUUCACAGGGGGACUCAGGUAAAACGGCAAAAUAUUCCAGUUAUUAACUUAUUAUUCCAUUUUAAGUCCGAAAUGAUUUUUCUGUGCCUUUGUUUGUCUAAAUGCGCGAGCCCCUGGAGGAUGAAUCAGCUAUAAAAAGUCCAAAAAUAAAUUAAUUCCUCUUUGGCACGAAAAGGAAAUUUCGGGAGCGGGGCCGAUCCAACAACUGAAGCCGUAUUUCUCUACGUUUAAUGGCGAAUUGAGUAUCUGCUUCCAACAGUUUCACCUCCUCUUCACUGUCUAUCUCCAGAAGGCGAAGCUGGUUGAUUUGGAUGUUCCCUCUGGAGAUUGGUGUGAGGACUGUUAUUCCACUGACUGUGCUGAAGGGAGGAAAUAGUGCUCUUGUAACUAUUUAGUCUGGAAGGAAAUUCGCCAUUGUUUCGUCUUACAUUUACGUAGAAUGUUGGAUUUUAGUGAUCCGCGGAGCUGUUCACCCCUCUGCGAGUAGUUGUUGAAUGUUCCGUCCCUUGAUCUGAGGUCUAGUUCAUAGAUUUGGAAAUAUCUUCAUUAAAUUCCUGUUAGUUUAACAUUUCAUCACACUUCUUUUUUGUUCCAUCUCGUAACUGAAAAGCUUAGUUCUUUGAUCCUGAGGUACUUCUACAAGCCUGAGUCAGAAGAUUGUUUACUGAUAUCUCAGUAUUUCUAUUUAAGAAAGAAAAUCUGGUGUUGUUAUUUCAAUGCUUUUAGUAAUUCCACGAAUUAGUUGCAACAUUAACGGAAGAGUCUUGUAUCUUAUGUUAGACUAUCCUUUUUCCAGAUAUUGGAUAUUUAGGUUAAAGUUAUAGGCCCUUUAUUAGAUUCAUCAAUCAGCACUUUACUGCGGUUGCAUUUUCAGUCAAUUUGACAUGAGAAGCCACUGGUCCCACAAACUCUUUCUCAAACUUGGCCGUAGACCGCCACUCAACUGGUUACUCCUGUGCUUUGUUAGUGUCCUUGCACUAAUUGUAAUCUUAGCCUCCCCUUCCUCGAACACUGUGGACUCUGUUCCUUCCUCUUCCAUCCCCGACAUUUAUAAGAACUAUAGAAGGAUAAAGCAGCAAGCAGCUAGUGACUAUUUGGAGAUAACGUCUCUUUCCUUGGGUAUAAGUCAUCCAAGGGAGCUUGAUCUAUGUAGCAAGGAAAGAGAGAAUUAUGUACCUUGCUAUAAUGUCUCUGCAAACCUGUUUGCUGGGUUUCAUGAUGGGGAAGAAUUUGACCGUCAUUGUGAAGCAUCAAGAUCAGGACCACGAUGUCUGGUCCGACCUCCGAAGGACUACAAGAUCCCACUUAGAUGGCCAGCUGGUAGAGAUGUGAUAUGGAGUGGUAAUGUGAAGAUAACAAAAGACCAAUUCCUUUCUUCUGGAAGCAUGACAAAAAGGUUAAUGUUAUUGGAAGAGAAUCAGAUUGCAUUUCACUCCGAAGAUGGAAUGAAUAUUGGUGGUGUCAAAGAUUACUCUCGUCAAAUUGCUGAGAUGAUAGGGUUGGGAAGUGACUCUGAAUUUAUUCAAGCUGGUGUUCGCACUAUAUUGGAUAUUGGCUGUGGAUUUGGUAGUUUUGGUGCUCAUUUACUCUCACUGAAUGUAAUGACUAUUUGUAUUGCGGCAUAUGAAGUAUUUGGCAGUCAAGUUCAACUGUCCCUUGAGAGAGGUCUUCCAGCAAUGAUUGGAAACUUCAUUUCAAGGCAACUUCCAUAUCCAGCAUUGUCAUUUGACAUGGUUCAUUGUGCUCAGUGUGGAAUCAUCUGGGAUGAGAAAGAUGGGGCAUUCCUUAUUGAAGUAGACCGCGUACUCAAGCCUGGAGGUUACUUUGUUUUGACAUCACCAACAAGAAAAUCUCAAGGAGGGUCGUUGGAUGCAAAAAAGACAAUCUCAUUUACACCAAUUGAGGAAUUCACUCAGAAAAUCUGUUGGAGUCUAUUGGGUCAGCAAGAUGAGACUUUUAUCUGGCAGAAAACUACAGAUGUUCAUUGUUAUCUCUCUCGCAAGCAGGAUGGUGUACCUCCUCUUUGUAAGGGAGAUUACGAUGCUCAGUCAUAUUAUGAGCCCCUCCUAUCAUGCAUUAGUGGAACCACUAGCAAACGCUGGGUGCCCAUACAGAAGAGGUCAUCUGGUUCUCAGUUGAGUUCUGUCGAGCUUGCAAUUCAUGGAGUACACCUGGAAGAUUUUUCUGAAGACUCACAGUUCUGGGCAUCAGCUUUAAGAAACUACUGGUCUUUACUUACGCCCUUGAUUUUCUCUGAUCAUCCAAAGAGGCCGGGUGAUGAAGACCCUUUACCUCCUUUUAACAUGAUACGCAAUGUGAUGGACAUGAACGCUAAUUAUGGAGGUCUCAAUGCUGCCUUUCUUGAAGAAAACAAAUCUGUCUGGGUGAUGAAUGUUGUGCCUGUCAAUACUCCUAAUACGCUUCCUCUCAUACUUGAUCGAGGUUUUGCUGGUGUAUUGCAUGACUGGUGUGAACCUUUUCCUACAUAUCCUCGAACAUAUGACAUGCUUCAUGCUAAUGGACUGCUCUCUCACAUUAUCAAUUCAGAGUGUGACAUAUCAAACUUAUUGUUGGAGAUGGAUCGCAUUCUACGCCCAGAGGGAUGGGUGGUUCUAUGCGAUAAAUUGCAUGUAAUAGAGAAAACACGAGCACUGGUAACGCAGGUUCGGUGGGAAGCACGGGUAAUUCAGCUCCAGAAUGACAAUGACCGCCUGCUACUUGUUUGUCAAAAGCCUUUCUUGAAGAAAUGAUCAUAUCAAACUUGAAGAUUCUUAUAUUUACAGGCAGAAUCAAUUUUACACAGCUGAGCAGAGCAUCAACUGUCAAAAACUUCUCUUCAUUAUUCGCUCAGAGUGACCGAUGGAUUCGAGUCGGAGAUUGCAACAGGGGCUAUGCGGAGAUGUGAUCAUGUGAACAAAACAAUUGAAUCCCCCCCUAUGAGUAGCCACAGUUGGUUUUUCGAAGAAUUUGUAGCAAUUCAUUCAUCCCAUUUUUUCCCCAAAUUUUUUAUUCUAAACUAAAUGGUGUUGGAGUGGAAAAUAUCAUUCUUGUUGAGUGGGGCUGUAGCUGGUCAUGGAAUGUAAGUUUGUGUAUAACUCUCUCUCUCUCUCCAUAGAUACACACAUACUCACAAGCACAAAUCCAUGUAACGUUGGCUGUAAGAGUAUCCGUCAGCGGGGACAGUGGUUCGGUUUAUUACAGCCCCCCGACAACAUACAAAAAGGGUUUGGGUUUUCAAUUGUGAUACCAUGGUGGUUAAUAGUAUUCAACAUGGUUUGUAAUAAUAGAGACAUACUCUUGGCCCGUAGGACGUGGCCUAACCAAUCCGGAUUUCUCAAGGGU